GAUUGCUCAAAAAUUUGCCAUAGUAAUACAUCAACGAUCAGAACGUCCUGUCAAAACAACUAACUACUUUAUCGUAUUGAUUUAAAAUAAUAUUAGUGUCUUAAGCACUGCAUUAUAAUGAGAGAAAUAGUACAUAUACAAACUGGUCAAUGCGGAAACCAAAUUGGUGCUAAGUUUUGGGAAGUCAUUGCUGACGAACAUGGCAUCGACCCAACCGGAACGUAUCAUGGUGAUUCAGACCUCCAACUAGAACGUAUUAACGUGUACUUUAAUGAAGCAACCGGAGGAAAAUACGUGCCUCGCGCAAUUUUGGUCGAUUUCGAACCAGGAACGAUGGAUUCCGUUCGUGCAGGUCCUUUUGGCCAACUUUUCAGGCCGGAUAAUUUUGUUUUUGGACAAAGCGGUGCCGGAAAUAAUUGGGCUAGAGGUCAUUAUACCGAAGGAGCAGAAUUAGUCGAUUCAUGUUUGGAUGUCGUUCGAAAAGAAACGGAAGGAUGCGAUUGUAUGCAAGGGUUUCAGUUGACACAUUCUUUAGGAGGUGGUACUGGGUCGGGUUUUGGAACGCUAUUAAUUUCAAAGAUACGGGAAGAGUAUCCAGAUCGGAUUAUGAAUACGUUUUCGGUGGUUCCAUCACCAAAGGUGUCAGAUGUUGUGGUUGAACCUUAUAAUGCAACGUUAUCGGUACACCAAUUAGUUGAAAAUACAGAUGAAACUUAUUGCAUCGAUAAUGAAGCUUUAUAUGAUAUUUGUUUUCGCACUUUAAAAUUAACGACACCUACUUAUGGUGAUUUGAAUCAUUUGGUGUCUUCUACGUUAUCAGGGGUGACUACAUGCUUAAGAUUUCCAGGACAAUUAAACUCAGAUUUAAGAAAGUUAGCUGUUAACAUGAUACCUUUUCCUCGUCUUCACUUUUUCAUGCCUGGAUUUGCCCCAUUAACAUCGAGGGGAAGUCAACAAUAUCGAGCUUUGUCAGUUCCUGAAUUGGUGUUCCAAAUGUUUGAUGCCAAAAAUAUGAUGACAGCUUGUGAUCCACGCCACGGAAGAUAUCUCACUGUGGCUGCUAUUUUCCGCGGACGUAUGUCCAUGAAGGAAGUUGACGAGCAAAUGCUGAAUGUUCAAAAUAAGAAUAGCAGUUAUUUUGUCGAGUGGAUACCUAACAAUGUUAAAACCGCAGUUUGUGAUAUUCCACCGAGAGGAUUAAAGAUGUCCUCAACGUUUAUUGGAAAUUCGACGUGCAUUCAAGAAUUAUUUAAACGUGUAUCGGAGCAAUUUACAGCAAUGUUUAGAAGGAAAGCUUUUCUCCAUUGGUACACCGGCGAAGGAAUGGAUGAAAUGGAAUUUACUGAAGCUGAAUCAAAUAUGAACGAUUUAGUAUCUGAAUAUCAACAAUACCAAGAAGCAACCGCUGAAGAAGAAGGUGAAUUUGAUGAAGACGAAGAUGGAGAUGGGGCGGGAGAUUGAUUAAUUUACUGUUUCUAAUUAAUUUAAUUUUAUUGCAUUAAUUUUAAUUACAUUGAAAUGUACAAACGUUUUAGGUGUAAUUAAAGUGUAUGUAGCUAUUCACGAUUGAAGACA